GCGCCCGAACGCAGCUACGCGCUUAGUCUGUAACUGGAAGCAUACGCGAGCAGAGCGAAUCGCGCGUCGCAUUCGCCCGGGAGCUCGGUCUCACGCGCGAGGAAGUAAUCCGGGGUGGAACAACGACGGAGACGGUGACGGAGCGGGAAGCGAUUCGCCAGAAUCCGUCACGGCAGGAGAACUGACGAAGCGUCGUUGUUCUCGCACGCAACCGGCACGAACGGCCAGCGACAGACAGGAGUUUCGAGGAGACGAGACGCGAAUGAAUCUGACGGACGGACCGGUUGGAUUCUCGACUCGUCGUGCCGGUCCGACGAUCGUCGCAGGAUCUCCGGGACCGACCAAGAUUUCACGAGCAGAGAAACAUUGUCGUCGCGCGACGCGAGAGAGAAAGAGAGACAGAGAGAAAUAAAUUGACGACAAAAUGGAUGCGAGAACAAACCGCCGGUCAACGGUAGAUAUUUUCGAAAAGGACGUGCCGCGAUCGGACGAAUUGCCGAUCGUGGUGAUCCACAGAACGGGAAUCGGCGAGCUUCUGGCGAGACAAGCGAUGGCCUGGUGUCGUUGCUGGCUGCAAACGUUCCCCAUAAGAAUGACGUUGAACAACGUCGGAUUGUUGACGGUGUUUCUAGCGAUAGUAUCGCCGCGGUCCCUCAUUUAUAGGCUCGUUUAUCCGAUUUUCAGAUUGGUCUUCGGCACCUUGUAUCCGGCGUACGCUUCCUACAAGGCAGUGCGCACGAAAAAUGUCAAAGAAUACGUCAAAUGGAUGAUGUACUGGAUCGUUUUCGCGCUGUUUACAUGCGCGGAAACAUUCACCGACGUCUUCUUUAGUUUUUGGUUCCCGUUUUACUAUGAGAUUAAAAUCAUCCUGGUGCUGUGGCUACUGAGCCCGGCCACUAAGGGCUCCAGUAUCCUUUACCGGCGCUUCGUGCAUCCCGCGCUAAUCCGCCGUGAAGCCGAGAUCGACGAAGCCCUGGCACGCGCGACCGAGCAGGGUUACACGGCGGUGCUGCAUCUCGGCACCAAGGGCGUGAACUAUGCCACGACGGUCCUCAUGCAGACCGCCAUCAAGAAUCUCCCGAUCGUAUUCCCGACCACGACGAGUGUACUCCCCGACCGUCAAUCAGACCCGGCGAUUUCUAGCUUAGCCAACCCCAGAACGCGGUUAAACAGCCAGCUGGACGGGCCGGAUUGUCCGGACGGCAGCGCGAUCCACAACCAUCCGCACGCUAGGUCCGAUGACCUGAUAGGCGACAAGGACGCGAUCGUCUGGCUGAACCGCGACUCGCCAACGACGACGGACGACGACGAGAUGAUGCAGGAGCCGGACGUAGAGUGCGAGCUGUCGGAGGAGCCGCAACCGGUGGUAUUCAAGAUACCCGAGACGGAAGCCCCGCGGAAAACGCGAAAGUCAAGGAAGGAGCGCAGCAGCACCACCACGGUCACCAGGCGACAAAAGACUCGUGCCUGUAAGUCGACCACGAAGAGUUACGAAAUGGAUUACAGCGACGACGCCGAGGUCAAUUAACUGGAAAAGGGGAAGGAGAGAGGGUUGGUUCGGUAUAAACGGUGGGAAAUAUGAGGAUGAACCACUGGAAGCCUGGAAAGCAGAUCGACGGGUCGACAAUAUCGGAAAGUGUCGGGGAUUUUUAUCAAGGAAUAAUUUGCUAUGGGUGAUUUGUAUCUGAUGUAUUAUUACCAGUGAUGAGUAAAAGACUUUUUUUAAGCGCAAAGGAAAGCGCUGCGAGGAUCGAUGAGACAGAACUUUUUCUAUAUUAUACACUCACUUUGAUAUUUUUCUUUCGUGUAAGCCUAUUGCGAGUUUCCCUUUUGCGUUUCUUUUUCUCUUUUUUUUUUAAAUGCAAAUGCGCGAGACGAAAUUUUCUGUUUGCGAAUUUACGAUCAACUCUCCUUUAGAUACGUGUAAUCUCUUCUCUGUAUUGCCUUCGUAAGUAUAGAAAUUACACUGUGUGUGAUUGUUUAAUCGUGAACAAUACGUUUUUAGAAAGGUUGUUUGAUACACUAGUAGGUAAGAGACUUUGUACAAUGUAUCUCUUGUUUUUUUCUUUUAGAAAUUUAGAGAAAGGCACAAAAAUUUCGAAAGGCCUUAAUCGGUGCAAUGACUAUAGUGGAGAACUUUUAAUCGUGUACACAUUUUCGACUAAGAUAAGACUCGAUAGUCGUUUCCACUCGUAUGCCUUACUUCGAUUUGUAUUUUUCCACGCGAACUUCGUUUCUAGAGAACAUGAGAAUUACGUCCUAGCUGGAAGAUAAGAUAGUUUUAAAGAGCAAUCUCGAUAUUUUUACACAGUAUUCCGCACAUUGUUGGGUGUUGAUAAUAAUAAUAAUGUCAACUGUUAUAGCGCGCGAUACGAGUUUAAAAACGAUUAUCAAAAAUCGUUGGCAUCGUAACACAUCAAAAAUAAAUCUGAACAUAUUCAUUGGAAAUUUUGCAUGAUCAGCUGUCAACAAUUAUACAUCUUUUUCCCAUUACAUAUAUUGUUUUUAUCCCACGCGAAUCUUCGGUAAGUAAUGGUGCGAUUAGGACAAUCGACCGUCAUUUACGAUCUCUUAGUAUUUUGAUUAACUCUAAGACCACGCUUUGUGAAACUACCCUGGAACAGAUAUUUUUACACGUAGCUGUGAUGAAAGUAUAUAUUUUUCGACGAACUUUUCCAAGAGAAAUACGAAUGCGAUUAUGUAAAUUGAAAUCGGUCAAGCUACAAAGUACAAAUGUUCAAACGAGGAGUAUUUCCCGCAAGUGCUAGAGCGACUUGAAAUUUUCGCCGGUUCUCAAAAACUCACGAAACGUGGUCCUAGAGUUAAAUAAAUGUCCUUCUCUUGUACUUCGUCACGUAGAUAGAAUUGUGAAUAUUUACAAAAAGACAACGAAUCUCUAGUUUAGAUUAACCCGAUCCGGAUACUCGUCGAUGCAACUGAGACUUGAAACGCAUCCACGAAUAUCACAUUCAAUACCGCAUGUUUGAUACGAUCUGGGGUUCUAGAAGAUGCGUUCUGACAGAACUCAGAAGAAGGAAUUGUUGAUACGAGAAUCGAGUAAACGACAAUGCAUACACAGAGAUGGGCGGUUUUGCGUAUGCGCGAUCAUCAUCGUCAUCAUCAUCAUUGUUGUCAUAGCUAGCGUUAUUCGCGUGUUUGUGUAUUCGUCAUCUCGUUUGCGCGUUUCACCUGUAAAGUUACCGACAAAAUCUGUGUUAAAUCGCGCGCACACGGAAAAAUGAUAUUAGCAAUAAGACUUAUAGUUCUAUCGUCGGUUAAUGAAUGUCGGAUAUGCCCCGCCGUCCCGGAUAGGCCAGCGCUUGUAAAGUGCCGCUAUUCGUUCGACGUUGCUCGUUUAUGGAGUGCCAUAGACGGAUAAGGACGCGUGUGUUACUUGUUGUGAAUGAGAGAGAGAGAGAGAGAGAGAGAGGGGGUUCUUGUACGCUAUUUUGCUACGGUUGAGGUACAUGUAAUCGGUUGUUCCUCUGAAGAAUUGCGUAUCACGGACGCUUUAACUGAAACCUGUACGUUACGCGCAAACUAUCAGGGAUUGAUGUACGGGAGAAGUGUGCGGAUCAGUUUUAGUCUUUGCGGCAACAAAGACAAUCCCUGGCCGCGCAAACCCGGUGCCUUCUCGCGCGUGUAAUUUUUCCGUGUGCGAGCGUGCCCAGCGUCGAGCUGUCCUAGCGAGUAAGACUUUUGUACCCGAUCCCAAAGAUGCUCUGACUAUUAUGAGCUGAUUCCCUUCUUUUUUCAAAUAAAAAGCAUUAUUUGGAUGAGCU